AUGUGAACAAGUCCCAUGGAGCUCAAGUGCCUUUUGAUGUGGCUCUUGUUUGGAUCAGUCAAGGGGAGCAAGCCAGAAGAAUGCCCAGAUCUUCCAAGAACCGAAUUUGCUGAUGUUACUGCUGAAACGUAUCCACUGGGGACCAAACUGUAUUAUGAAUGUGACAGUGGCUAUGCGAGAAGAAGUGGCCAGUACUUGGGAAUUCGGUGUCAGAGUACACAGCAGGUUGCUUCUUGGGUCUACAAGGAAUUUGAAUGCAUUGAUGAGAAGAUUUUAUUGUCAACGGCUCCCAUGAUGGAGUUAGAUUUUGCACAGAAGCCAGACAGAAAAACACAGAGCCCUGCACCCCAGAAGCGACAAAACCUUUCGGAGUUUGACCAGAAAGAUUUUUGUGGUCCUCCCAAGACUAUUCCACACGCCUCUUUAAGCCCGAACAAACAGUAUUACGUGGGACAAGUAUUACAUUUCAAAUGCCAAAGAGGUUACGAUAAGCAACCUCCCACCUCUGGCACCCGCAGGUGCGAGAAGGUGAACGGCAAAAUCAUCUGGACACCCCUUGACAUGCGAUGCACCAAUGACAGCAGCUAUAGCAGUGAGUGGCCGCCACAGACUAUUAAGCCAGAUCCGCCUGUUUCCCUGUGGUGUCCGGUUCAGAGUGUUCCAGGUUCAACUCAUCCAUCCUUUUCCUCAUCUGUGAUACUGCCAGUGACAGCUAUCUUUUUUGUUCUGCUUAUCGUUCCUGCUGUCUUUGUGUGA